ACAUGGCUUGCUGCCAUGGGAGCAGCCCUGCAAGCAACAAAGAGGCUUGCAGCCAGCCUCUGUCUUUGCGCAGCGACCUGCAGAGAGGGGCCACGGCCGCAGAUCGCCAAGAUCCUGGUCGAUGAGCUUUUCCUCGGGAAUGAUCCAAUGACGAUCUUCGAAGAGGAGGAUUUGGUUGUGGAUAAGGGCAUGACCCAUGUGUCGGCCAAAGAUGUAGACAUGGUGUUGGCGGUUGCCCCACAACCAGUCACUUUCUGGUUGGAGCUGGGAUCCUUUGAGGGUGGCUCCGCCAUCUUGGCAAGUGAACAAAUCCUACUGCACGGUCUCAACACUUCAGUGGUUGCAGUGGAUACCUUUCUGGGUGACCAUCGAGUUCUGUGGGAACGUAGCCCGGAGGAGAGGCAGCAUCUCUUACGGCCAGAUGCCACGAUCUCUUUGUUCAAUCGCUUCAGAACAAACGUGCGACGUGCCGGUUUGCAAUCUUGUGUUUUGCCGCUUCCAGCCACGUCUGUUGUGGCACUGAAAUUGGUGCAUUCCUUGGCCAAAAGGCAGAUUACACCGUUGCCAGAAGUCAUCUACCUGGACUCUGCCCACGAGGAAGGUGAAGUACUGCUGGAGCUUAACCUCGCAUGGAAAGCCUUGGCCCCUGGCGGAGUUCUCUUUGGAGAUGACUGGCUUCUUCCAGAGGAUGAUGAAGAUGGCACCUAUUUAGAGGGAGCCACUCACCGUGAUGUCCUCCGAUUUUCCGCUUUGGUUGAGGAUCAGCUCGAUGAUGAUUGGGGUCUGAAGAUCCAGUCUCUUCGAACCUUAGGUCGAGUGCGACCUGGACUUUUUGUAUCUUACAACUCUUUCCAGUGGUUCAUGAAGAAGUUGCCCAAUGCGGACAGCUCUACAGGCGAACACCUUCGCGCGAGUAAUCCUGGAUAUGUUUGUUGGAGCGAGGGCUUCCGCAAGGAGGACUGCUGUGAUGAGGAAAGGUUUGGACCUGGGGGAAAUCCAAAAUGCUGGGACCUGGUGUUCACACAAGACCGUUGUUGUAAAUGAUGCAAAAUGUACAUAAAGUCGAAUAACGUAUAUAAUAAGUGUAAAGAUAAUUGAUGAAGAUGAA